AUCUAAAUCAAUUAUUUCUUAUUUUUAAAAGCAGAUAAUAAAUAAUUGAUGAUGAGAAUAUUUUUUGUAGGCCCUUAUUAUUAUAUAUUUUUUUCCACAAGCGAUCUCUUAAGUCUCGUUUACAACGAGAAAAAGUUCGACAUUAUUCCUGUACGUCUUACACACAGUAGGAGGACCCUGCAAAAUGGUACCACUUGUUACAGAAAUAUACUUCCUUUUAUUUUUGUGAAUAAGCCAUUCCCUUUUAGAAUAUCAAGUGUGAUAACUGUUAAGAGGGUGUAUAUUAAUAUAGAAUUUUAAUAAUGCGACUUGAGUCGGUCACUUACUUUAAUUUUAAUUGUUGCAAACUGAAAGAAAAGGGGCGGCGAAACACACAAAAUGAAAACAAACAAAACUGUCAAAACAAGCCGAUGUUUAGUGGCUAGCUUAUACAAAUACACAAUACACUAUAAUUAAAGGAUAACCAUAUAUAAUAAAUUCACUGUUUCAUCCAUCAUGUAACUAACUAGUUUUUUAAAAUAAUUUUUGUUCAUGAAUGACUAAAACACAUUUUAAAAAUUUUAAUAAAUAGAUAUAUAAUUAAAAGUGCUAGAGUAAAAGAGGUUGUAAUUGAAUUGAAUUGUAUUUUUGCUACAAAUUGUAGUGAGUUGUUGAGAUCAGAUCAUGACCAUGCCACGAGAUGAGUUACUAUAUUCCUGGACAAACAAGGCCCAUUAUGCCCAUUCUAUUCUAUAUAAAUUCUAGAUCUUUAGAGGAUAUUAUAUUAUUUAAAGCUAUUAACCUACUACUAUUCAAUAGCCUAUUCAAGCUAUUCCUAUUCUAUUUUUAAUUAUUAUCUUUCUUUAUAAUUCAAAUUGACAUAUAUAGGCAUACUCCAUAUUCAUGAUAUUCUACUUCAAGGAUAAAUAAUAAUAAUAUUUUGUAGCAUUUGCUCAUAUAUCACUCAGAUUUAACUAUAAUUAAUUUUUCAUUUCAAAAAUUAAUAAAGCUGCUUGUUGAUUCAUUAGGCUGAACCUUGUGCCAUGCCUAAGUAUGCCUCAUACUUGACUUGGAUUUAUUCAAAAACACCGUCUGUUAAAUUUAAGCUUUACCCGCUAUUCAUUUCCCUGUGUUUUUGCACUACCUUUUUUCCCCACAGCUGUCAUCUUUGUUGGCAGGUCACUUAGUCAUGUCACGGCAACAAAGGGGAAGGCAGUCCCUUUAAAAUAAUUACAAUCAUGGCAUCAUUGUUGAGCAUGGACUAACCCUAUACUAUGGUCUAUACAAUCAUCAAAGACAAGCAGUCAAUUUCUUGAUAUUUAGUGUUGAAAUCUGAUAUUGCUAUCAAGAACUAAAAUAGCUUGGCUGAACUAUAAGCAUAAGUUAUAUAACUUUAGGCCUAAAUAUAAGUUUCAGGAAAGGAAAUUAGAUUAUUUUAUACCUAAACCAAUUUUUCUUAAUCAGGCCUAUUAAUUAUUACAUAUUAUUAGCAUUAUUAUUUAUAUAAUGAUUUAGUAUCUAGUUUCUUAAUAGUAAAUAGGUCUAUGCAUUAUUGGGUGCUGCAGCCUAAUUUAAAAACGAAGUACUGGGUGCAGCGAGUUGGUAGCUUUGAAUAAUAGGGGCUUCCCAAUGUUAUUGUCAACAUUUUCAGUUUUUCCUUUGUUUCUGCCAUUUUGAAAAAAACGUGCCAUAGUCACCAGCAAUAUAUAUUUUUUCCCCCCAUCAUUUUUACGCUUUACAAUUUUCACCACAGUGUGUAACUAGCCAAUGUUGGACAAAAAUUAAUUUACCGGCUGAAAAUGUCACUUAACGGGGUGACCACAAGUCAUUACAGUUCUUGCAGUUUAACUAGAGGGACAAAAUAAAGUUCUAUGUUGGCCACAAAAUUUAUGUAUGAGGAAGGAAGUAUGGCGCUCUACCUUUAGCGAAUUAUGCUUAGUGCGCUUUGCACUCUACCCAUCUUGUAAUAAUCUUACCCUGCCCAUCACCGGCCUUUAAAAGAAUGCUUUCUUUACAUUAAUUUCUCACUUUUUAUUUAACUGCAAUCAUACUUAGGUAUGGCCCAGUUCAGUCUAAAACAGAUCCUAUAAAAUAUAUUAAUUGAUACAAUGUUUUAAUUUUUAUAUAUGCUCCACCAAUCAGUAAAUACCUUAUACAGAAAAAAAGUAAUAUCAACUUGAUGCCAGUGUUUGUCAAGAGUACAAAGCACCAUAGGCAUAAUUUGGGAUGCAUUGGGUUUGCGGUUUUAUACAAAAUGUUUACAUUUUAGGUUUCAUCUAAAAGGUUAUCGAGUAUUAUGCAAGGUGAUAUGAAAGCCACAAAUGAAAGACUUUGCAACCAUUAGUUCUAUAAACUAAAUGUUAUAUUAACUAAUGGGUUUACAUUAACAUUGUUUUUAGAUAACUUAAUUUUAAAAUAAUGGUGCACAAUAGCCUUUUUGAAAUAGAGAGUUUUUAUUGCAGAUUUUAAAAGCUUGGAGAUUAAGUGUUUUUAUUGAUAUUUUUUGUGUGGGCCUUUGAUUUCUUGACAUUCUUUGUUGUUUUACCUCUCUUUUUGAUAAAAAAAAUAAAUAUUUUAUCAUUAUAAUGUUUAAUUGAAUGUCAGGAAUAAUAUGGUUGUUGUUCAAAAUAUAUAGGCUUAAAUACAGUUAUUUUUAAAAAAUGUGGAUUUGGACACAUAAUUAGGCCAAAUUCCUGAUUACACAAUUUAGGUUUUUAUAAAGUUUUAAGUCUCAUUAUCCUUUUUUAACAAAAAAAAUUAUAUAAAUAUGCUUUUAUUUGAUUGAAUAUCAUCCUGCAUUUAAUUUGACGUUUUGUAAAAUAAUUUUAUUUUAGAGCUUUUUCGGGUUUGGGCAAAGUGCUGAGAUCGAUAUAGUUUUGGAUGGACAGGAAAAUAGGAGAACAGCUGAAAUCAAGACAGAAGAUGGCAAAAGAGAAAAGUAUUACCUUUACUUUGAUGGUGAAACAGUGUCAGGAAAGGUAUGCUUCUUGCUGUUACAUGCUGCUUGAUUCAGGGCAAACCAUCAGAGCAUUAUUUAAAAAAAAAGGAUUAUUCUGUUUUGUGAAAUUUUCUUUUCUGCAUUUCUGGCAUUGCUAGAUAUAUUCACAUUAAGAACAAUGGUUUGUGAUAUUUUUUUAGUACACAACACAGUUUUACUUUUUAUCUUGCUUCCAGGUCAAUAUAACACUGCGAAAAAGUGGUAGCAAAUUAGAACAUCAAGGCAUAAAGGUGGAAUUCAUUGGACAAAUAGGUAAGAUUAAAAUAAAGAUGAUAUCUCUUUUCAUCUUCUCUGCCAAUUUUUAAAAAAUUUUGGACUAAAUUUCUUUCUUUUUUAAAUCUGAGCAAGGAAUUAUAAUUUCAGAGAUUUAUUUCUGUUUAAUUAACUGAAAAAAUGUUGAUAAAGAUAAAAUAAGUUAAACUCUAUAUUAUUAAAUCAGAAAUUUAUAUAAUUCAUUAUGCAUUUAAUACAAACAAAUGUAUUACAUUUUUUUUAAAAAUUGAGAUUAAUAAUGGUUUGGGAAUUAAUAAUUAAUGCAGCUAUUUAUGUGGUUUUAAAAAUGAAUAAGGUAUAUAUAAAAGUAUGGGAUAAUUGACUCAAUGACAUCUAUUUGUUCUCUGCUCAAAUUACCAUCGCAAGUUUUGUGAUUGGUUAAAAAGAAAUUAUUAUGAAGAAUUACUACUCAGUAUGGAUGUUAAACAGCAGUUGGAUUUCCAGUUAUCGGUUUUGGAACUGAAAACUAUUUUACUCAACAAUAAUCAAUUUUUUAUAAAAAUGCAACAAUAUAAGAUGGUCCCAAAGAUGGAAAUCCGAGAUCGAUUUGCCAUUGCUUCCAUGUAUUCUGAUUAAUGUUAGUAAGUUAAAUGCUGGUGCCAAAAUGUGUUGACGAAAUUAGGGUUGUACCAAUAAUAGGUAAUUUGCCAAUCAGCUUUUUGGGACAGAUUAAUUGGCUAAUGAGCUUCCUGAAAAUACAAGUUUUAUUGGAUGUCAACAAAUGUGUACCAAAUUAGUUAUGUCCAAGACUUUUAAAUGCUAUUAUACAUUCCCACCCCUCUUCCCAUAUUCACUAGUUAUUUUUUUUUCAUUCUAUGAUGUCGUCAGUGUUUACACAUGACACAUCGGACACCAAAAUAACACUACCACAUUUUUACUGAGUUUUCAAGAGUUCAUUAUCUUGAUAUGAUGUAAAAAAAAAACAACAAAUUAUCUGAUGUUUUAGCCUUUAAAAAUACACUAGUGCGAUUACAGACCUUUUUUACUCUUACAAUUUUUGCGUGUAUACAUUAUACAUACAGUAUGUUUAUUUUUUACUAUUUAGAUAAUGUAUGAAACGAUUUUGUGAUGAUAUUGUACGAUUUUAAGAGUUGGAGGGUAAACAGGUCUGCGAUUUUAGCAGAUUAUUAUGUGCUGUUAUUUUACUUUUUUAACUCGGGGGGUUAUAUGGCUCAAAAUAUUAGUUUGAUAAAUUAUUAGCUUGUACAUUUAAAUAGCUGAAGUGACUCAAAAAAGAUUGUCCUGUGCACUGAAAGGAUCAAAAUGUUUUGAAAAAUUUUUUUUUUUUUUUUUUUUUUUUUUUUUUUUUUUUUAAAGGUUUUAAAAUUUUUUAAAAAUUUUUUUUUUUUUUUUUUUUUUUUUUUUUUUUUUGUAUUGGGUGGGGAAAAACCAAGAGUUUAAAUCAAAUUAAAAGAAAUGUGUGUAUUAUGACUACGUUUUCAUGUUUGAACUAAGAUAAUAGAAAAAGAAUUAACAGCAACGUAGGCGGUAAGGUAGAAAGGCAGGGAAAUCUUACCUUAAGAAGAAUAGACUUUUGUUUCAGUAGGUGAAUCUUUCAAAUUUUAAUUAACUUUAAUUGAUGUAAUAAUUUCAAAAAGAAUAAAAGGAUGUCUACUAAUGGCACAAAUACGACUGCCAGGUUCCCCGAGUAAUCGGCCAGUUUGCUAAUGGGUACAACCCUAAUCAAAAUGGAACAAUUCUAAAACAUAAAUAAACUAUCAAUUUACACUUAAAAUAUUAUAAAAUAUCAUGUAAUUCUGACUUUGCUUAGUUGAGAAUGCUUUGUAAAAAACAUAUUACUGAUUUAAAACUAGUUUUCUAAAACAGUGGCUGUGUGCUAAUUGUUGGAGUUUGCUCAGUUGUAAUUUUAAUAUAUCCGUACCCAUGGUAUAGAUAUACAGACCUGUUUACUCUUACGAUUUUAGCGUACAAUGAACGAUUUUUAGAUGUCUUUUACGAGACCCCACCAAAACUACCAUUUUCAGAGACCUGGUGAAAAAUUAUUUGGGUAAUUUUCUCAGAAUAAAGAAAAAUUUGUACAUUUUUCGGUUAUGGAAUUUUUAGCCCUUUCAAAUAAAGAUCUGGCAGUGCAUUGACAGAGAAAAAUGAUUGGUUGUAUUUUUUGUUUAAGUUGGAACUAUCCUUCAUUAUAUUAUGUAUGCACUGAGAGGGGAGGUGGAGGUUGUUAAGGAGAUUUGUGGCAUAUGAGACGCAUGGGUAGGGGGAUUGUUGGGAGUGUCAAUGGCUAAAAUAAUAUCACAGCAACAUAUCUUAUUGAUGGUGAUGAUAAUAUCAUAUUGUGGGGUAGUUUACUAAACACGUCUUUCCGUGCUGGUGACUUUAUUAUUUAGCUCGGCAGAACCAACCUUCCCCCACCCUCGUUAAUGGGAAACAAAUUGUGCCGUCGCCUAGCCAAAAAGACGCCUGAUUUUUCCAUUAACAUACCAAGUCUAUUGAGGGUGGGGGAAGGUUGGUUCUGCUGAUGGAAAUAAUUACGUCACCAGCACAGAAAGACGUAUUAGUGGACUACAGUGUGUUGUCACUGUCAUGUUAAAUAUUACUACUACAGCGAUCUCUUUAUGAAAACACAAAACAUCAGUCUAGGCGUACCGGUAUACGAUAACUACGAAAAAUUGUGGUGAUAUUUUUAUAGCCUCAAUAAUAAUAGGCCUAAUUAGAAUUCAUAAAUUUAACAGAUUUUCAGGUGACAGUUGGCUCUAUAAGAGACUGCCAGGAUAAUUAUUGUAGAAUUUAUGCAUAAAUGUAGGAGCAUUCUGGUGACACAUUCCCCUCCCCCCCCCCCCCCCCCCCCCCUUUCCCAUCAAAGCUGUCAUAGGCAUCCUCAGCACGUACUUAAUUGUUGGAUAGCACCUUACGUUGACAAGGUGUGGAUUGUACGAUUUUUAAUACCCCUCUUCCUUUCUCCCAUUUACACCUUGUGGUCGUAAUCUGGCAGUAAUUUGUUAACGGGAAAUAGGCAUAUGGAUAUUUAUUAUUUUGUUUUUUAAAAAACAGCUUGUCCCAAAAAAUAAAUCUCAGGCUGCUUGGUAGGUUGCUUUUUUUUGGUUUAAUGAUGCCCCAGUUUGUUACCGGGUAAUUCUUACUGUAAUACAUUUUAUUUGAUAUGAGUUCGAGUUUGAGCCACGUUAAAUGUCACCGGUGACUUUAUUUUUACCAAUGACAGACUGGGAUAAUGUGAUUUGCACGUUCACCUAAACAUUAAUUGAUAUCUAUAGCAGAUAGACGUCUACAAAACAAAGUGACCGCAAUUUGCAGUUAACGUCAGUCAUCUACUGUUUACCUUCAGUUUCAUUUUUUACGCUAGCUUAAUUAACUCGAUUCCCCUGAACACCCUAUUCGAGUAGUUAUUGUAAACAUAAUAUAUAAUGUAUUUUUAUUUAUUUACUAUUAAGAUACCAUAUUUUAUGAUUUUGAGACGAUAUUGUACGAUUUUAGGAGUUUAAGGGUAAACGGGUCUGGAUAUAUCUGUAAAAAAAAAGAAAAAAAUAAGAAUAACAAGACUAUUUUAUCACCAACAGAAUUGUACUAUGAUAGAGGUAAUCACCAUGAGUUCACAUCGUUGGUCAAAGAAUUGGCUCGACCUGGGGAUCUUACUCAGAGUACAAGUUACAACUUUGAAUUCUCACAAGUGGAAAAGCCGUUUGAAUCUUACACAGGAGCAAAUGUUAGGUUACGGUGAGUACAGUUUUACCCUUGAACAUUAAUGUAAACGGGUGAGCUCUCGAUUCUUUUUUUUUUUAUAGUACUAGGGCAGGGGUCUCCAAACUUUUCAGUCCGAGGGCCGCAUUAACUAUCAAACAGCAGUUCGGGGGCUGCAUACACACGCGAAGUCCAAAUAACAAAGAAUCAAAACACGGAUGUUGUUUCUAAUUAUUUAUGUAUUAUUAUUUCAUUCAGUUAUUGUUUAAUAACACAUUGAUACACGACACAUGAACACCUGUAUUAGUAUGAAUAGUGAACUUGUUUCCUGGAUGCCAAAAUAGCAAUGAUUAGCAGACAUUUCUGGAUUUUGAUUUGAUGUCCCUAACAAAAACAGUGACCUGAGACGAUCAUCGGACAUAUUUGUUCUCAAAUUGUUCUUCACUUAUUUUGUUCUUGAAAAUGUUUGUUCACACAGGCAUGUUGUUCCAAAGUUGAAAAGGUACAUUGAUGCAAAUGUUUUGAAAUUAGGAAAGUCUUCCUGGGGCGAAAACUAGUUUAAAAAAAAAACACUGUUCCUUCUUUUAACCUGUCCCUAAGGAGGUCAUUUGCUUGCAACUCAAUGACCUCCGGGUGCAGUUCAUCUGGGCAACUGGCCACAUUUGCUUCAAAUGGGUUUUGAAAAAGUCUCACUUCUUCUGCCUUUGAAUCCAAGUCAGAAAACCGCUGCUGACACUGCUGAUCUUUGAUGAUCUCGCAUACAAAUGACGUGGGGAACUCCGCUGUUGCUUCAGCCAUGAAGACCGUCCACUGCUGAUAGUGCUUCAAGUUGUUGGCCUAUGUAUUUGUUCCAAAAACCAAGACAAAAUUGGAUUUGAAGGCCUAUAGAAAGGUGUAUAGGUCAGAAACUAGAUUUUCCUCUCUCCUUGUAGUUUUAGGUUCAGAGAAUUUAAAUGACUAGUUAUGUCUGCAGCAAAGACCCAUUUCCAUAUCCACUCUUCAUCAGACAGUAAUGGCCGUGGAUUGCCUUUACUUUCAAGGCAGUCACCUUUUUCCUUUCUUAACUUUAAUACUCUGCUCAGAACUUUCUCACAACUUAGCCAUCUUAUUGCUGUGUAAAAUGGUAAAUCUUGCGAUUCUGUGUCUGUAUCUUUUAACAUGUCUCUGAACUGUCUAUGGUUGAGCCCAUGUGACCAAAUUAAAUUAACCCUCUUUACCACAGGAUUCAGUACGCUGCUAAUGUCCACAUAUUUUUCACACAAAGCUUUCUGCUGAAUAAUACAGUGCAGGAACAUUCGUUGCAGAAUUAUGUCUCAUUACACAUGUGCUUCACUUGUCCACCCAAGCCUUUCUUUAUGCCACUCAUGUUCUUUCCUCCAUCAGGCAACUGUGGUUAGUCCAGUCCAAGUUAUAAUCAGCAAAUGUUUUUUUCAACUCAUUGAAUAUAUCCUCUCCUGUAACAGUGGCGUACAUGCUAUGUAGGGAAGCCAGCUCUUGUGUUAUUUUCAUGUCUUCAUCCACACCUCUAACGAAAACAAGCAGUUGAGAGGUGUCCAGCGAUUCAUCCAUUUCAAUUAAAAAUUGGCGAAACUUGCUUGCAUUUUUCGCUGUUUGAGUCACAAUGUUUUCACCCAUGUCUGCAACACGGCGGGCUAGCUCCGCCACUAUAUGGCGUUAUAUCAUCUCAUUGACUGUGAACGGAAGUAGAUAAGCUAAGCAGCGAAUAAGGUUUUGCCAAGUCAUGAUCCGUUAGAAAACAUAACGCACUACUGCGCGCCUCUAUUUUAAUUUGGUAAAACAUAACGUCCACGCGUAGCGGCGUCUGAUCUUGGCAGGAUACACGUAAAUUUCCGUAUUUUUUUCCGUAGACAAAAAGGUCUCCGCGGGCCGCAUGCCAUAGUUUGGAGACCCCUGUACUAGGGGAAUGAGAUUAAGACUGCUAUCUGAAGAAUCAAAUGUUAGAACUGCUAAAAUAUAGACAGAAGAUGGUAAAAGAGAAAAGUAUUACCUUUGCCAUAUAUUUAUUUACUACUGCGGACCGGUUUACUCUUACGCUUUUGGCGUACAAUGUACGAUUUUAUGCAUACAUUAUAUAUACUGUAUGUUUAUUUUUUAAUAUUAAGAUAAUGUAUUGAACGAUUUUGUGAUGAUAUAGCAGGAUUUAAAGAGUUUGAGGGUAAACAGGUCUGCUACUGAGAAAAAUCAGGAAUUUGUUUGUUAUUCACCAGCUAAUGUUUCUAUUAACGCAUUAACUAUGGCUAAGAGUAGGGUUUCUUGUUGUUGUUUGGUCUAUGUUCUUAAUUUUUAAAACAUUUUUAAACACAUUAAUGGUUAAUGAAUAGAUUAUUUUAUAACUUAAAAUAAAAAUGUUAAUUUUGUUCUAUUGAAAUAGGUAAAUGUCGUUUUUUUGCGGUAGAAGUAUGUUUAAAUGUAAUAGUGAUUUACAAUUAAUAUACCUUAUGCCUGUAAAUAAUCCAUGAAAUCUUUGGUAGUAAAUUUAUCCAUUAAUUACUUACUUAUGCCUUUUACCACAUCUGAGGCAUAGGCCGUCUACAAGAAUUUCCCAUUCAUCUCGAUCCUGUGCUUUCCUUUUCAGUUGCUUCAAGAGGUAUCUGCCUCUAGCUCACGUCUCCGUGUAUUUUGUGGACUUCGUCUCUUCCUUUUCCACUAUAAGGGUUAUUUAGUUUAAUUUAUUGUUCUUUUUAUUGACCUUCCUUCCUUGUCUUUAUCUGGUCUCUCUGGCAUCCUGAAAGCUCUCUUGUUAUAUCAUUAAUCACAGAGAUCUUUUAUGUUCCCCUCUCUGGCUGCCUUUUCUGCUGUUGUUGCUAGACCAUCUAUGUGAGCUCUUUUAUCCUUUUUAAUACCGUUCUUUACCUUUCCAUUGGCUUCUUUAUAUUUUACAUGUGCUUUUGUUUUCUCUGCCCUGGUGCCGCGAUUGUUUACUGCUGACUUCAUUUUCAUUUCUUUCUUCUGCUUAUUCUUUGCAAUGUGUUUGAGCGAGAACCAAUCUUUGUGCUAGGUGAGAGACAAUCGUGUUGAGUGUGAACCAAUCUUUGUGUUUAUGCUUCACUGGUCUUAAUACCUCAUUGCACAUGGAUCGGAUGUUACGAAUGAAGCUCUUUCUGGUCAUUAACUGUUAGCUUGUUACCAUAGCUUGUAGUCUAUUGUAAAACACUUCUUUUUUCGUCUUGCUACUAUUGUUGGUAAGUGCAUAGCACUGUAUAACAUUCAUAUUUAUUUUUUUUCUUCUUGGUUCACAAUGUUGCUUCAAUAAUUUUUGGAUCAUGGGCUUUCCUAUUAAUGCCCCUUGUGUCAUCUGUGACAUCAUGAAAGUGACUCCUUGUGUGUGUGGAGCAUUUCCCUCCUCAAGCCCUGAGAGUAUGUUUCUUCCAAGGCCAAUGUCUAGCUUGUGUCCAUCUUGUUUCACAAAUUCUGAGCAGAGUGAGCUUGUAUGUUCUCAUGUCUGCCAUCACUUGUGCUGAUUUGCCUGUCUUGUGCAUGGUUCUCACAUUCCAGGAGUCUGCUUAUUGCUUUUGAAAGGAGGGUCCUCAGCUUUGAGGCUUCUGGUAUAACCUGGCUUUGGCUGAAAACCUUCAUAAGUCUUCUUGUGGAAGAAGAGCCCUCUCUUAUCAGGGCUGAAAUCGUUUAUUUUUGUUUUCUUGUUGAAGUUUCUGCAGCAAUUUUUUUUUUUUUUUACAGGUGAGGUAGCUGGCCUUAGCCAACCCUCCUCCUUUUGCACCUGGGGUUCGGGACCUGCCAUGGCAGAGUUUAGUUAUUCAUUUAAUUUAAAAAUUAAUUAGCACAAGUUGCAUAGUUACUCUAGACCAGUGUUUCCCAACCUUUUCUGUGCCAUGCCCCGCCUAAGCCUUUCUAAAAUUUGUUUGCCCCCCUCCCCACCCCCCUCCAUGUAUCCCAUACAUAAUUUUUAAUAUUCAAAAAUAGGGUUGUUCACUGAAGAAACUUAAAUGAUAGGUUUUAGGAAGAAAUCUCUAGGAAAUUGGUGGGAAACAUAAUAAGGAAAUUUUCAAAACAUUUAAUGGAGAACUGAAAUUCAAGUACAAACUAAUUUUAAUUAAAGAUUUUUCUAUAUUAUUUUAAAUAUUAGUAAUUAUUUAUAAUUUAAAUUUAUUGAGAUGUUUGUGCUUGAUGCUUGCAGCAAAGAGAUUUUAUGUUAGGUUCUAAUUUAGUUAGCUUCAGUCUCAAGUCUCCUUAUAGUGUUAUAUCCAGCCGAUUUUUUCUUUCAACAAAUCGUUUAUGGCACUAAAUCCACAUUCAGCUAAAUCUGGAAACGGUAACAAUAGCAUUCUUGUACAUUUGGUUAAAUUUGGAUAUUUGAUUUGUUUCCUCAUAAAGCCAUGCCAUCGCUCCUUUUAUAUUAAAGUUUUUACUGACUCAUCAUUUUGCAUUUCUGCGAGUUCUUCCUAAAAAUACUUAUUUGAAGUAUCAGACAAAUCCACAAACAUUGGCUGCAUCAUCCAAGUUGGAAAAUCAAUUUGUUUUAAAUGAAAAAUCAGCUGAUAGAAUUUUCAGAUGAUUGACAAUAAUAAGUAUUACAGUAUCAGUCACUUCACAUUUUUGGAGCCAAGGAAACUUUUCAAAAUUUUUGUUGUAAAUAUUUCUUCUUCUUCUAUAUAUUAAGGGCCCACAAUCAAUUUAUUGAUCAUUUUGGCUCCUAUGCAUGUAGAUGGGAUUUGCAAUGUUUCUGUGCCUGGUGUUGAGGACAUUUCACUGAUUUCCAGUGCCACUUUGUGAGGGAAUCAUGCACUGAGGGUUUGAGUCAAUAGACACAAAUGAGUCUAGUGUUGUCGCUUCAACCGUUCCUUUUGAAAGCCUGUUCCAUUCCCUGAUUGUCUCGGGCAGGAAGGAGCAGCUCCUAUACUGGCUUCUUGCUGGUAUGAGCCUGAAUUGCCUGUCAUGGCCUCGUCGCUGUCUAUGGGGAGAGGGACGGGUUUCUGUUUAAUACUGGAACAGUGGACCAGCCCAUUAUUUAUCUUGUACAUCAUGGAGAGCCUGGAUUGUCGUCGUCGUUCCUCCAAUGGUGACCACCUAGUGUUUCCAGCAUCCUGCCAACACUAGAGGUAUUCCUGAAGCGGUUUAGGACAAAGCGUGCUGCCCGUCGCUGGACCGCCUCCAACCUGUCAAUGCUCUUCUGGGUGAAUGGGUCCCAGACUGAAGAUUUAUAAUCUAAAACCGGACGGACAAAGGCUUUAUAUGCUCUUUCUUUCACACAGGAGUUGCCAAUCUUUAGAUUACGCCUUAAGAACCCCAGGGUCUUGUUUGCUUGGUUAAAUACAUUGUUAAUAUGCUCGUCCCGGCGGACCUCUUUUUGAAUGGUAACACCCAGGUACUUUACGGAGGAAACUGGCUUAAGUAUAUGGCCUUGCAGUUUGUAUUGGUAGUGUAGAGGAGUACUACUUCUAGAGACUGAUAGUGUCUGGCACUUGGCAAGGUGUAAUUCCAUGUCCCAGCUCAUCUCUCACUCAGCUAACAGAUUGAGAUCCUGUUGUAGCUGGUCCUGGUCAGAUCUGUUGCCGAUCGUCCUAUAGACCGCUGUGUCAUCUGCGAACAGUCUUGUUUGGGGAUGUCAGUUUCUCAGGUAGGUCAUUAAUGGAUGCUAGGAACAAACAGGGGCCUAGCACUGAUCCCUGUGGGACCCCUGACUUCACAUCGACAAAGGAGGAGCUUGUACCGUCCACCACUACUGCUUGGCAUCGGUGGCUGAGGAAGAUAGAGAUCCAUGCUUUAGUGCUGCCUUGGAUCCCAUAUCUCUGGAGUUUGUGUCGAAGCAAACUAUGAUUCACACGGUCAAAUGCCUUUGCUAAGUCCAUCACGUCAGUCUGCUUGUGGUUCUUCAGAUUGGUCAUCACGUCUUCUAUAAAUUCAAGGAGCUGGGUCUCACAUGAUCUAUUGACUCGGAAGCCAUGUUGACAGUCAUUGAGUAUAUUUUGGCUUUCAAAAUGCUUCAUGACUGUGCUUACGAUUAUGUGCUCCAACAGUUUGCAGACCACGCUGGUGAGGGAUAUCGGACGAUAGUUGCUCCCCUUUCUUGUAGAUUGGAGUGACAUGCGCUGUUCUUCAGUCUGCUGGAACAUUUCCUGUGCACAGCAACGAUUAUUUUUCUGGCAUAAUUCAAUAAAGGUAAUGAAACCAAAUAUCUUCGCUUUUGCACCAACAAGAGUUUUAUUUGUUCCUUGAAGUUGGUUAUUCAAUAAAUUUAGUUUUUCAAAGAUAUCGGCUAAAUAAUUCGCAAAUGCUUUACCAUGGACCAUUAACAGAUACUUCAUAUCAGAAUUGUCACUUUAAAAAAUCGUAUGAGUAUCAAAUAGUUGCCAUAAAUCUUUUCAAGCAAUUCCCUAUCUCUUACACACUGAAAUUAAUCUCAUAUUUUAAAUUUAUGGCUCGUUCAAACAGUGCCUAACAAAGGACGAUACCAUAUAGAAAUACAAUAACACAAGUAUGACACCCAAAACAGUACCAAUUACAAUUAAUACGAUUUAAUUCAGUAAUAAUACAAUUAUAAACAAAAGAAAUAUAAUUACAAAUCAUCAGCUUACAGGGUAUGGUAGAACUGGUACCAGUACACAAUUAGUACAAAGUAUCAAUGAAUGAAGAAUGAAGAAUGCGAAUAAACUCAUAUAAGCACACAAAGAAUAAUACACGUCUCGUAACGUUAUUAAAACCUAUCUGAAUCUCCGUCUGAAUCUCUCUCUCUCUGUGCCUGUCAAUCCUUUAUAUAUGUGGGUCUACCGACGCGUCUAGAAAACACCUUUACUUUUCUAGAACAAAUCGAGAUCAUUCUACAAAACACUAGGAGGCAGUCUAACAUGUUUAAUUGGUAAACACGGUUGUAAACAAAGAUACAUCAAACGAAUAGGCCACGCCCACAACAAACGCUAACAUCUGCUAGGGAUCUAAUUUGGGUCAAGCAAAAUUCAAGCACGGGGAAUGUAUGUUACAUAACACUGUCAAAAGCCAUUUUACUUCAGUGUAAGUAAAAGUCUCACAUAGUCUGCAUUUUGUUCUUCACAAAAUAGCUUGAAGAGAUGUUCGUAUUUGGCAUUAUCUUUAAUAGCAUUGAUACGCUUUAUAACUGAAUUUUGUACUUCAUUAAGAACAGGCGAAAUUGUUUUUAGCCACUAAGUUUUCCCUAUGAAUAACACAAUUCACAAGUAGCAUUUCUGGAUUCUCAUCUUUCAUCAAUUGUAAGCAGCCAUUUUUCUUGCCCAUCAUAUUAGGAGCACCAUCUGCAGCACAAGAUGUUAAAAUUUUUCAUUGGUAUAUUUUGACAUCUAAGUAAUUUUUUAGCUCAUUGUAAAUAUAUAUCUGUGGUGGUAGUGGUGCUUUCUAAUGAUUUACAGAACAUUUCUUCAGCAAAAUACCCUUUAUCAAUGUGUCUUAUGUAAGUUAUCAAAACAGCCUCAAUGUCUUUCAAAGUUGAUUUAUCCAUUUGCACUGAGGAUUUUCUUGUUUUCAGCAAGUUGUAUUCAACAUCUUCACUCAUUUCAUCUAUUCUUCGGCUAACAGUAUUUUUACUGAGUGGCAUAGCUUUCACAUCUUUGUCCUCUUUUUCCAGAACCGUUUAAAAAAUGCUCAUAUUGAUGGUUUGAUUAAAUUCUCUCCUAUAGCAUGAUUUUUCUCGGAUUUAGCGAUGAGUUAGUAAAUUUCAUAAUUAGAUUCAAGAGUACGAUUGAUAGUUGAAGUAUGAGCAGUAAAUAUAGACUUUAAUGUUGCUCUUUUUUCAAAAUACAAGUUAAAUCAUAGUAGAAGGUUGGUUUUCAAAGUCUAGACAGCUCAUUUUCCAAUUGCCCCCCUAAACAAUUAAAUUUCCCCCCCUCGCCCUACGUUGGGAAAACGGCUCUAGACAAAGCUUAAUCACCACACGAUUUUAAAAAGAAAAUAAUAAGACAGCCAUUUUAAAUAAUUAUUAUAUUUUAAUUGCACACAGCCCUAAAACUUUUAUAAAACCGGAAAACUCUUUUGGGGAAAAUAAUAUAUAUUUGGAUUGGAUGCAUUUUGAAAAUAUAGUUUAUUGGAUAAAGUCAAUGUGUUAAAUGCCCUCAAGCUAACUUCCCAUGAUGGUAUUGAAAGUGGAUAGACCAAGGAAAACAAAACCACAAAGACAACCAAGUUAUCCCUGCACAAUAGAAAAGCCUCUGCCGAAGCAGCUCAUAGACAAAAAUGGCAUUCCUUUACAAUUUACCUCCAGCACCUAAAUAUGCAUGAGGACUGAAGGAAUGGUCAUCGUCCUUGUAUAUAAACAUUAUUCAACAUGGCUAAUAUUAAUGCUGCUUAAUUGUAUGUUAACUAUUUCUCUGAUUUUAUUAUCUUACAGGUAUUUUUUAAGGGUAACAAUUGUAAAGCGCAUUUCCGACACAGUGAAAGAGCAAGAUAUUGUUGUACACACAUUGUCACAGUACCCAGAAAUGAACUCAAGCAUUAAAAUGGAGGUUGGCAUUGAAGACUGUCUACAUAUUGAGUUUGAAUACAAUAAAUCCAAGUAUGUAUUUUGUUUUAUCAGUCAUUAAAAUUGUAUUGAUUUCUUUGAACUUCUGAAAGUUAUAGGUUUAAAACGCAAGUUGUUUAUAAUAGCUCUAAGAGUCGUUCACAUGAUCAAAUUAGCUUCAAAUUUCGCGUCAAAUUUUUGUACGAAUGCACUAUUAUGUGCGUGGUUUCUUUUUUUGGACAGAAAUAGGAAUUUUAUCAAACAGUAAUUUGCAAGUUGUUACAAGGCUUCAUACAAAAAUUGCAUCAAAUGCAUUAAAGAAAAUUUGAUUGUGUGAACUGACGCUAAGGGAGACAAAAAUAAGCCAAAAUACUUAAAGAAAGUCUGUAUCAGUAGAAAUAGGUUUAAGAAUAUUAGUGGAAAUAGGUUUAAGAAUAUCAGUGGACAUAGGUUUAAGAAUAUCAGUGGAAAUAGGUUUAAGAAUAUCAGUGGAAAUAGGUUUAAGAAUAUCAGUGGAAAUAGGUUUAAGAAUAUCAGUGGAAAUAGGUUUAAAAAUAUCAGUGGAAAUAGGUUUAAGAUUAUCAGUGGAAAUGGGUUUAAGAAGUCUUUAUCAGUGGGAAUAGAUAAUAAGGAAAUGAUUUGAAAAAAAAGCCCCAGUACAAGAUAAAUUAUUUAACCAUAAAAAAUAGAAAAUAAGUUAGCAAUACAGAUUUCAAUUGUAUACUCGAGGAAUGCUUGGUGAGCAAUAAUUUGAGGCAUCAGUGAAAAAUACAUUUGCAGUGUUCUAUUAAUUUUUUAAUAUUUCUUUAUCCUUUUUAGAGUUAAUCUUGUUCUGCCUUUUUCUUUUUUUUUUCUUUCUGUUUUCCACAGACACAUUCACUGUAUUUGAUCUCACAUAUAACUUUUAAUUUAUCUUUUUCUAUCUUUCUUCUUAUCCACACCAACAAUUCUUCCAAGCAAAACAUCAUGCCCAACUGGAUAAUGAAAAAAGCACUAAUACUCUUCUUGAGUUUGGCAAAAUAAGACGCAACACUUAAUAAUGAUCUAUGAAGGUGUGUUGCGACCAUCAAAUUAUCCUCUAAUGCCAUCCCUGGGCAGUUUCAGUUUAAGAUCUCUGGCCUAAACUAUCAUCAAUGUUGAUUCCAUCGCUCAUUAUCAGUUACUUACUUAUCGUUUAUUAUGUUGUCAUGGCUGAAGAUAUCACUUGAAAGAUGUGAUCGUGGGUAAGAUCUAUUUCCUGCUGGUGAGGAUCAAAAUUAGAUAUAUGGAGCUGGCAAUAGUUAGAAGAGAAACAACAGGGGCAGGUACUUAACUAUUGCUAUUGUAAACCAAUUUUUGGUAACAAGAUCUAGGCAUUGAAUAUUUGAUGUAUUGUGAGUUUCAUAUUUAUUCUCAUUGAUGUUUAUUUUGUUGGGUGUGCUUAAUUGAACAAUUUUGAAGGAGAAGUGUUUUGUUAACAUUUAUUUUUAAAUUAAUGUUAUUAAUACUUGGCUAAAGUGAAGUCGGCCACAAUAGUAGCUCAAACAUAAACACCCUUACUUCUAUAUAGCCUUAUGGUUAUUUGAAAAAAUAUCAAACUUAAGAAUCUAAAAUCAGAUAUUUUCCUCAAUUGAAAUUUAACAUUAACUUUUGUUAAAAAUUAUUUAAGUCUACAAAACAAACAUUUAUCUAUAAUUUUAUUUUCAUUGAAGUGAAGGAUUAUGUUAGUAGAACCUGAAUGCAGUUAAUACAAUUAUAGUGUAGCAGUACCUAGUUUUUCUUUUGGUCAUUUUUUACAGUAAUUUUAUAUAUUAAUCAUCCCUGUGGAGCACUCUUUGUUAGAGAAAUUCGGAUCGCUUUCAACGUUUUUAGAACUAAAUGUUUUAAUUUGUAUACAUCCGUGUUUCAAUGCAUAUAAUUCUAUAAUGUUUGAAUGUUUCUUUAUCUACAUAUGAUCUAAGUAGUUUGCUUUAUUUGUUAAAUGUCAAAUUCACAUUUGAUGCCAUAGUCUGAGACCCAUGCAGACUAUUAGAUGUAAAUCCACCAUCUGCUGAUGCUUCAUUUAGUGUUGUUGCAUAUUGUGUUACACAGCCCUGUGAAGAAUCAAUUCUUUUCUUACUCAUUUAAAAUAAUAUAAGAAAUAAAUUACCUCCAUAUCAUCAUUUAAUAAUAAUAAAUGCCAGUAAAGAUAAAAAUAUAACAUUUUGGACAGCAUAAAAGGCUAAAUUUGAAAUAGAAUUGUUUCUUCUCUGUGAGUUUUUGUAUAUUUGAAAGUCACUUCUUAACUGGAUUUCUUUUUUUAUGUUUUCUUUGCAACUUUGUGUAAUUUUAAGUUGCAUCACCCUUUCCUUUGGUUUCCAGAUACCAUUUAAAAGAUGUGAUAGUUGGUAAGAUUUACUUCUUGCUGGUCCGCAUCAAAAUCAAGCACAUGGAACUGCAAGUGAUAAAACGCGAGACCACUGGCACAGGUACUUUUACAUUUACAGGUAUCACAUACGUUCAUAAAAUCGCGCAUGGAUCAUGCCUCUUGAAAACCACUAGUGGCAGGGGAGAAACUCGGCUUGAUUUAUUAGUUUGCUUUUUUUCCUUUUUUUUUUUUUGUGUGUUGCUUUCUUUUUUUUUUUGGUCUAAAAAUAUAUAUAAAUGUGUUUGUACAUCUCUUUAUUGUGGCUUGCUUGAUGCUGAGCUAUAUUUAUAUAGUUUAAUCUUAUUUUUUUGAUUUAUUAGUUUGCUUUUUUUCCUUUUUUUUUUUGUGUGUUGCUUUCUAUUAUUUUAUGGUCUAAAAAUAUAUAUAAAUGUGUUUGUACAUCUCUUUAUUGUGGCUUGCUAGAUGCUGAGCUAUAUUUAUAUAGUUGAAUCUCAUUUUAAAAAAAAUAGUAUUAUGCUGCUGCCAUGCCUCUAAAUGGAUGAAUAAAAUUAGCGUUCAUUUGAUCCUUUCUUUCUGUUGUCAAGUUUUUACGUAUGAUGGGCUCACCUGAAAUAUUAAGUUAAGCAAAGUUAUGUGAUGGGCAACAUUAUUUAUACAGCUGCAUUGCAAGUUAAAAAACAACAACAUGGAAAUAAAUUUUUUAUUAAAAAGAGGAGGAUAAUAAUGCAAUUUUAAAUAAUCAUGCAAAUUAAAAAAAAUUUAUCAAAAUAAUCUUGCAAUCUAUAUUAUUAUUUGGAAAAAGAAGCUUUUACUCUUUAUAAUGAAGGCCCUUAAAACUUAAAAAAUUGGUCAAUAUAAAUAUUGGAAAUUUUUCUGUAAUACUUUUGCUUUCUUCUUCACAUUUUCUCAUAGCUGUUGCGCACAAUCUGUUGUAUUGAAUUUAUCUAUUCAUCGAAUAUACAUCAUUUUUUUUUACAUUUCUUUUUAUAAAAUAUUAUAAGACUUUAAACUUCUGUAAUUUUAUGUGAAAAAGUCUGUCUUUAGUACAGAAAUACUUAUUUAAGUUACUUAAUUUAGCUUAGAAAUGAAUUCAUUAUUGACUAUGAAACAUCCUAAACAUUUUGCAGGAAAUAAAAGAAAUCGUCGUGGUAAAAAUGUAUUUGAAGCUUUAUUUAAUUUACAGUUUCUUUCAUAUUUAAAUUUUAAAAUUAAUUUUAGUUUUCCAUCACAAAAUUCUAUAAAGAAUGAUGUAUCAAGUCGUGCAGCAACUCCAUGCAAAAAAAAAAAAAAAAUAAUUUAAAAAAAAAAAAUAAGUAUAUAUAUAUUUAAAAAAAUGUUUUCUUUCCCUAAGCUAAAAUUAUAUUCCAAAAUUUUCAAAGAAAAUGGUUACCCCCCAUCGAGCAAAAACCUAUUUAAUAUUUUUAUCAUCAUCAUUAAGAACAUUUUUUAUUUAUUUUUUUUUCAAUAUAGAAAGCUCUUCAGGUAGGAAAAGAAUAUUAUAAUUAACAAGUAUGGCAUUGAUAAAAUGAGAUAACGGUAAACUUGGUUUUUAAAAAAAUCUCUGAAAACUGGCUGGGAUUUAAAAAAGCGCAUUUUAUUUUUCUUCUCACUUUUUCUUGUGUUCCUCUCACUCUGUUUGUGUCCAAGUUAUAAAUAAGGCAAUUAAUAUUAAAUUUUUCUAUGCUUCCAUUACAUGGAAGCUUACAUUAUGGCUUGAGUAUUAUCAUUUGCAUUUCAGUUGGGUAUAUUUGUCUACCUGAAUCUUGUAAAUGUUUAUCUUCUUACAUUUUUGCUAAAAUCAUAGCUGAAUCAUGACUGAGCUAAAUCCAGGACUUUUUACAAGUUAAUUUAAAUCUAAACCAAAUUUUGUUUCCUCCACUUAAUAUUUUGUAUUUAACUCUAAAUAUAUAGCAUCAACAUUUGUAUGAACUUAUCUGUACAUGGGUAAUAUUUGAGAGCAGUUAUUGGUAGUUCACAAGUUUGCAAAUUUGAAAAAAUUAGUGAAGCUGUCUCUUUUUUCAGGACCAAACACAUUUAAUGAGAAUGAAACAAUAGCAAAAUAUGAGAUAAUGGAUGGAGCACCAGUGAGAGGUAUGUACAACUAGGUCCCUGACUUUAAACAAAAUUAAUCUAUGUUUAAAACACUUCAAGAAAUAAUUUUUCUGUGCAUGUCAGCCAAGUUUUUUGGCUGAAAUCAUGUUUCUCGUUGGCCUAAUUCAAUAGAAAAUUUAUUAUUUCUUGUGUGCUCCUUAAAACAUUCUUUCCUUUAUCUUAAAAAAUCCCCCAAGGAUGGUCACGCAGACAAGGAGGGGCAAAAAGUGGAGGAGCUCAAUGCAAGGAAUAGAAAUUUUCAUAAGGUCUAAACAUGUUCCCCACCCCCCCCCAACUUUUUGAGGACGUCCAGACUACACCAACUCUGGCUUUCUAAUAAUGAUCAUUGUGUACUUCCCCCUCCCCCAUGUGCACCAGUGCUUGGGACACCUGAAAACUUGUCUUGGUGAAAAGGUCUAAGAUCUCCAGAAUUCCAAUAAGUGGUUUCUAAGUGCCUGUUUGACAUCAGUCAAGGCGUUCCUUGUCAUAUUUAACAUCUAACAAAUCUCUCAAAUUAAAUAUCUAGAACUAAGAAAGGAUGAAGGGUUUUUAAAACUUAAGAAGUUCUGAAAGUUUCAUGUCUUGAACGUUUGUGUUUAGGUGAAUCUAUACCGAUUCGACUCUUUCUAAGUGGCUAUGAACUGACACCAACUAUGAGGGACAUUAACAAGAAGUUCUCUGUGAGAUAUUACCUCAAUCUUGUUUUGGUUGAUGAAGAGGAACGGCGUUAUUUCAAACAACAGGUUUGUAAAGUGAUUACCAUCACUAUUCAAUACAAAUACCAUCAUUUGAUAGUCCAAACUGAAAAAAAGUAAUUUUUGUGUUAGUUUUAAAAAAAAUUAUUUUAAUUACAUAUUUUCUUAUGUUUUGUCAAUAAUUUGUUUUCAAGAAUAAUUUUUUCCUCUUAAAUUUAAAAAUCCAGGAAAUCACAAUCUUCAGACGAGCUGAUAAAAUUCGCAAGAAUUACCAGGCCGCCCUGUCACAUCACAAUCCUUCCUUAUUAUCUGAUGGUGGUGGAAGCAGUAAAACCUCAUACCAGCAGCAUCAAGAAGAUAAUGAGGAAGAUGAUAGGAAAGAUGAAGAAGAAAAAGAACAGAAAGAGAAAUGAUACUUAUUGCUGUCUUUAUUUGUUUAUUUGCAGGUUUUGGUUUCAUGCUCAAUUGAUUUCAUUCACUUCAGAAAUUUGUAUUUCCAAAUUCAAUAGAGCUGUGUCAGGUCUAGUCGUAUGGUGGUUGACACAUCAAUGCAUGUUAAUGAACUUUUUGUUUGUCUAGUUAUGGAACAGAUAUUUUCAUCAGCUUUAGUAAAAAUAACUAUUAGUACAUGCAAAACAAUAUUUGUGGGGGAUUGGAUGACACUUUAAAAUAAAGAUCAGAUAACAAAAUACAAGAUGAGGUCCAUUUCACAUUUUAAAAAAAAAAUAUUGUGAUUCCAGUUCUGUAAUUUUGACCUUUUUUUAAAAAUAGAAUUAUAAUUUUUUUAAUUUGAUGUUCGAAUCUACAGCUUGACUUUGGGAAACAGACUCGUGUUAAUAAUAUAAAUGUUCAAUGCUGCUACAAUGUUUUGGGUUACACUAAUGGACUGGUCUAUAGUGUAAAUAGAAAGUGAUGCUUUAAGAAAGCACUGGGUCAACCUGAUAGUUGUUUCUGAAAGAAUUAUGUGUAUUGGGGGAAUGAUGAGUUUUGAAUGUUUUAUUGUGUGGUUAUAUUUCUGGAAUGCAAUCUUAAAAUGACCUAGAAAUGUUGGAUUGUAAGUAACGGAGGACAGUUUUUUCCCAUGAAUCAGUUUAUAAAAAAUAUAAUUACAUCCAAACAAGUAGUAAUAUUUUUUAAAAUUGAGUUAUCUGAUUCAAGUCAAUAAUGAAUAGUUGCCAUUUAGUUUUUAAAGGGGUAAUAUAAAUAUUUUUAAAAUUUAAAAAAAAAAAGAUCAAAAAUAAAUUUAUGUAGGAAGUAGAAGUGGGUGUGCACAACUUGGCUUAAAAUUUAAAGAGAUACGUGAGAUGCAUUUAAAAAAAAACAGACUAUACGUUAGCUACAUGUGAUUGUUUUAUGUCUGCAACAUAGUCUUUUUAAAAAAAAUAUGAAAUAACCCCUUAUCUUAAUCCUAUGAAUGUCCAAGGCUGUGUCUGUUCCUUGAAUUUUACCUUCUUCACUGAAUGCUGUGUGUGUUGUGUCCAUGAACAGCUAGUACUCUGAGACUGAGAUGCAUAUUUUGCUAAUGCGGUGUUUUUUGCUGGACAAAUAAAAUCAUAAUGAAAAGGACUUGUCACCAAGGAUAAUUAGUAAUAUAAUAAUCACUCUAUAAAUCUUUAAUAAUCGAUUUUUAAUCAUUACACAAACUUAAUGCUUUUUAUUUUCUUUAGUGUUGUCGGUAGCAGUUGUGUUCUAAGACAGUUGGUUUUUUAUUAACAGUUAAGGAAAGUGGUGCAAGCAUGAUGUAGUGAGUUGUUUUCUGAUAGUUUCUUUAUGAAUAGAAAUGACUUAUUUUUUAUGGGUAUAGUAAAUUGUGUUGUAAUAUACCUAGUGACGAUCAACUCGAAACAAUGCUUGGGUCUGUGUCGUUUUGAUUAAUGUGAGGAGUAUGAUAUCUUUCACUGUUGAAAAAUGUGACUCACUGUGUAAACCCACUAUUCAAUGUUAUUAUCCAUGAAAUAUGGAGCUGGGAAGAGCUUGGAAAAUUAUGCCACUAAUAUCCAAAUUCAAUAAUUGCUUUGAUGAACUUGUAUAUUUCCAGCUUUUAACCUUCCCAGUAUAUAGAUCUUAUAAGAACUUUUUAAAGCUGGUUAGAAUCAAUCUGGUUUCAGCCUAAAACGGCACCAAAAAACUGUUGAAACCAUCUGGCGUGUGGGUUGUAUAGAAAAGAUUUUGUUUGUGCCCAGCAGCCCAUGGUCUCAUGUUAUUACUCCAUAAUUAGCCCAUUAUUUUGUCAACAUUACUAUAACAAAAAAAUUACUGAUUUCUGUUUAUUUGGUUUUGUUAUUUUUGUGAGACUCUAGCAUUGCUUAUGUUAUGUUAAAUUAUAACAUUAAUUUAGUAUUGCAUAUGUUAUGUUCAAGUAUAACAUUGGUUCAAUAAAUGUCUUCUUGUUAGCAUGUGGAUUUGACUCCAGCAGUUAAAAGAAAUUACAAUUUUAAAUGUUAUUGGAAAAGUGUAUUAAUUGAGAUUCGCAUGAGACCCCCUUGUGUCCAUCUGACACCACUAAACUUUUACCUAAUCAGAUAUACAGGAAGUCCCACUUGAUUAACUCUUUAAGUUUUAAUGAUUCAGCAUUUUCAGCUCUUGUCCAGCACGCUUUAUUUUUUCAUUUGCGUGUGUGUAUGUGUAGUCUUGAUCUGUAAUAAAACAGCAAAACCCACACGCACCCCCACAACCCCCC